ACAUACUCUGUUAGAGCAUUUGUCUUUCACUCCUUGUCUCUCCCCCCUUCCCUCACAGAAUAGACAAAGGAGGGAGCUGUAAUGGCAGAAUAAAACUCCGAUCUCAUCCUUCUCCAACGAGGAAUAUGGCUUUAGAAGAAGAGGAAGAGAUUCAAAACGCACCGUUUUGUAUGCUUUUCUGUGAGGAAGACAGUUCUGGGUUCGAUGAGGAAGACGAAGAUUCCUGCGACGACAAAUCUGACGAAAAGUUUCCAUUUUUCCAUCUGGGUUUUCUCGAUCGGUGUAUGUCCUGGGAGGAAGACGAGUUAUCGAGUCUGAUCUCCAAGGAAAACGAGUUCAGACCGUCUCUUACCGAAGAGGGUGUCUUAGACGACGAGUAUCUGGCUUUGUGUCGUGAAAAGGCUGUUGAUUGGAUUCUCAGGGUGAAAUCUCAUUACGGGUUUAGUUCCUUGACGGCUCUUCUCGCUGUUAACUACUUCGAUAGGUUCAUCACAAGCAGGAAGUUUCAGACAGAGUUUCCGUGGAUGUCUCAGCUUACGGCUUUGGCUUGUUUGUCUUUAGCUGCAAAAGUUGAAGAGGUCCGAGUUCCUCUGCUCGUAGAUCUCCAAGUGGAAGAGGCAAGCUAUGUCUUUGAGGCUAAAACCAUACAGCGAAUGGAGCUUUUGAUUCUCUCUACUCUUCAUUGGAGGGUGCAUCCCGUGACUCCAAUCUCGUAUCUUGAUCAUAUUAUCCGUCGAUUCAGCUUUAAAUCUCACCAGCAAUUGGAGUUUUUGAGUAGAUGUGAAUCUCUGUUGCUCUCCAUUGUUCCUGAUUCGAGGUUUCUAAGUUAUAGCUCGUCUGAGUUAGCAGCUGCAAUAAUGGUCUCUGUCUUUAGAGGUUUCAAGACGUGUGACGAAUCUGAAUACGAAUCUCAGCUCAUGACACUACUCAGAGUUGAUUCGGAGAAAGUACAUAAAUGCUAUGAGUUGGUGUUUGACCACAUUCCAAGCACGAAGAGGAUGCAACAACCCCCUAGUCCAACCGGUGUAUUCGAUGCAUCAUUCAGCUUUGAUAGCUCUAACGAGUCAUGGGUUGUGUCUGCAUCACCGUCUCCAGAGCCUCUAUUCAAGAGGAGAAGAGUGCAAGAGCAGCAGAUGAAGUUGUCUUCAGUAAACAGAGUCUUUCUCGAUGUGUUCUCUAGUAGUCCUCGCUAAUAAUUUCAUCAAACGAUCAAAAUUAUCUGUCAGAUUUAGAAACAUCAUGCGUUUUGCUUGGUUCUUGUGUUAAUGGACGGUUUCAAAUGGUGUCCUAUUCAGUAUUUGAUAAUUAAAAAAACAGAUACCUUUUGUUUU